AACCAUGUCCCAAUUCGAUGCUUACACACACCUUAACGUCGCUCUCAACCCCGAUGGCUCUCUCACUCGCCUCCUUAAGCUUCCCACCCUCCCAGCCUCUGAUGUUGAGCUUUCAGGCCAGAUCGCUGUGAGUAGAGACGUCCAUCUGGACCACAAAAAGCAAACAUGGAUCCGAAUUUUUCGACCAACCAAACUACCCUCCAAUGACAAAUCUGUGGCGCUGCUCCCCAUCGUGGUCUUCUUCCAUGGUGGAGGGUGGAUUGAUUUUAGCGUCGAUAAUGCCCUUGUCCACGAGGGUUGCAACCACCUCUCCAGUGAGCUCCCUGCCAUAAUCAUCUCCGUGGCAUACCGUUUGGCACCAGAGCACCGCCUCCCUGCGCAAUAUGACGACGCGGUGGACACGCUUCUCUGGAUCCAGAAACAAGCCCUAGAUCCCCAAAACGGUGAAAAAUGGCUACUAGACUACGGUGACUUCUCAAGAUGCUACUUAUAUGGGUGUAGCAAUGGUGGCAACAUUGUUUUCAAUGCAGCAUUACGAACCCUAGAUCUCAACCUCGAGCCGGUGAAGGUCAAAGGUCUUAUAAUGAACCAACCCAUGUUUGGCGGGCAAAAAAGGACUAAAUCAGAGAUAAAAUAUGCGGCGGAUCAGUACUUGCCAUUGCCGGCGAUUGAUCUUUAUUGGGAACUGGCUUUACCGAAGGGGACGGACCGGGACCACCGGUAUGCAAAUCCGAUGGUGAACGGGCCUUACAGGGAGAAGGUAAAGUCAUUGAUGAGGUGUUUGCUGAUCGGGUUUGGGGGUGAUCCGAUGGUGGAUAGGCAACAACAAUUCUUGCAGAUGUUGGUGUUGAAUGGUGUUCCGGUGGAGGCUCGGUUUGAUGAUAUUGGGUUCCAUGGGAUUGACUUGAUAGACUCUCAACGUGCUGUUGCUGUUUUGAAUUUUAUUAAGGAUUUCAUUUGUUGAUUUCAUUUGAUUGUUCUCUAAUUUUGCACAACAACGUGGUAC